AUGAAGUUCUCUCAGAUCCUCAGCACCGCUGCACUCUGCAGCUUUGCAAUUGCAAGCCCUCUUCCCGGCAAUGAAAUUGCUGAGAGAGAGGCAAAUCCUAUUUCGCCUCCUACUUAUGCUAAUAAGUACAUCUUGGAUGAUGACCUUGAUAAGCGAGAGGCAAAUCCUAUUUCGCCUCCUACUUAUGGUAAUAAGUACAUCUUGGAAGAUGAUCUUGACAAGCGUGAGCCUCAGAGGAACACAUAUGGCAAGGCCUACACUUUGAAGAUGAAGGACGACGGUUUCGAGAAGCGUGACCCUCAGGAUGCAUACAGGAAGUUCUAUACCCUCAAGAUGAAGGAUGAUGGAUUCAAAAAGUGA